AUGGGUAAUUUUAUUUAUUUAUUGCUUGCUUGCUUUCUAUCGAAUAUUUUAAGCGAUUCUUUCUCUUUGUUCCAUUUACCGAUCUUUCUCCCCCUUUUUUCCCCUCGUUUACUCUCUCCACAUCCUCCAUUAACUCCAUCAAUAAUCCCCUCUUUCCUGGAACAAAUUCCCAACUUUUUUCCCCUCCUUCCUUACCAAACUUCUCUCUGGCCUCAAGCCUUUCUUUCACGUUUAUUUGUUUCACUGUCCCGUUUGCAUAUGACGUGGCCCUCAGUCCUCAAUUUUUCCUUUCAUUUUGUCUUUUCGCGUCCUUCUUUCAUUUUCAGUCUUUUUCUUUUUUUGUUCUUUUUUCUCUUUUUUCUUUUAAUCAGGCUUCAGUUUUUAAUUGUUUUUCAUUCUUUUUCUUUCUCCUUUCUUUUCAUUUGGCUUCAGUUUUUUCAUUCAUUAAUUUGUUUUCUUGUCUUUCAUUCUUUAAUACUUUUUCUUUCUUCUUUCUUGUCAUCUGGCUUCAGUUUUCAUUCUUUUUCGUUCUUUUCCCCUUCUUCUUUCUUUUCGUCUAGCAUCGUUUUUUGUUUUUUCGCUUUUCAUUCUUUAUUUCAUAUUCCUUCUUCUUUCUUUUCAUCUGGCUUCAUUUUUCAUUCCUUAAUUCUUUUUCGUUCUUUAUUUAUUUUCCUUCAGUCUUUUUAUCUUGCUACAUUUUUUAAUUGCCUUUCAUUCUUUAUUUCUUUUCCCUUCUUCUUUCUUUUCAUCUGGUUUCAUUCUUUUUCAUCCUUCAUUUCGUUUUCCUUCUUCUAUCUUUUAAUCUGA